UUGCGCCAAACCCUGGAAAGCAGAAGCAGCCAGCACGGCUGCAGGUUGUUCCUCGUAUUCGUUAUAAACGAAAAUUCUUUUUUCUAUUAGUAAUUUGACAGAUAGUGAAUUCGGUUUCAUCUCAAUAAAAAUUAGUCAAAAAUCAUCAUUCCCAUUGACCAGUCAAAUAAUCAAAAAGAAAUUUGGAUAAUGAAGAUUGAGUGAAAAAUGCCAAAAAUAAAAGUGAUUCGCUUAAGAUCGGUCUCUAAGUGUGCGUACUAGUGUGCAUAUACGUCUUGUGGUUACUACGUUAAUAUAAAAAACCAUGAUCAUUAGGUGACCACGACUACUUUACUACUUUGAACCAUAAUUUUUGUUCAGUUUACAAAUUACUUUGCUGAGUAUUGAGAUGGGUCAGUCAGGAAGUGUGCAUCGUAGUCCCAAAACUCGGAGGCACAAUCUACGAAGAAUCUCACUUGGUGGUUUAGGACGAAGGCGGUCAAACAAUUCUAAAAAUCUGUCUCAUACAUUUACAUUCAUAGACGGAACACUGAAGGUGGAGCAACUGAAUUUGAACACAGCGACGGAGGAGGAGUUAAUGACGUUACCUGGCAUAACACGAGCCAUAGCAACAAACAUAGUCGCCCACAGACAAGCGAUAGGACGUUUUAACCGUGUGGAAGAUUUAGCAUUAGUCUCUGGUGUUGGUGCUCAUAAGCUAGAGUCGAUAAGAUUGGAAGUCUACGUACCAUCGACAAAUGGCAGCAGAACUUCCUCAAGGGCAUCCUUGAGCCUAGACUCCGUUGGGAAUGGAGGGAGUAUGGUCGACGUUAACACAGCUAGUGUUUUCACUUUGCAAACUAUCCCUGGAAUGAACCAGGAAGUAGCAGCUUGCAUCGUAGAAAGGAGGCUAGAAAAGGGACCUUAUCGAUUCCUAGAUGAGCUUGCCAAAGUCCAGGGUAUGGGAAAGCAUCGUCUAACAAUGAUAAAACCAUAUUUGAGGAUAGAUGUUGACUCAAAUGGUUCGAUAACCCCCACACCAAGUAAUGACACUUCUUCGCCAUGCUGGUCCAAUCCGAAAGCUUCCAGUACUCCGGUAGCUAAUGGGAUCAAAAACUUAUCCAAGCAAACUUUGAAGAAUGGAAUAUCGAAAUCUUUAGCUGUAUCUCGAAUCAACGGCUGCAGAAACGGAAUGGAGAUAAGCGGCUGCAUUACUGAGGAGGAAAUUUGGGAUUUAUUAAGCGUAGCCAGUCCACGUCCUCCUACGCCCAUUGAUUUUCAAGACAGACUCGAUAAUCGAGUUACAACGAGAGUGGCAUCCUGGAACCUUGAAACUUUCUCUAAGGAUAAAGCCAGUAAUCCAGGAGUGAGAGAAGUUAUUUGCAGAACAAUAUUGGAGAACAGGCUAGCUCUUAUAGCACUUCAAGAAAUCGAAAGCCCGGAUGCACUGGAUGCACUCACGCACGAACUUAAUUACCCUGUUCUGAAAAGGGUUCGCGACUGGCGAGAAAAUCGACGAGUCUGGAGAUCUCUUCAUUUGGGUGCUGGAUUAGCUAUAUUAUGGGACUCGGAUCCAAGAAUAGGAAUUGCUCUGCGUGAACAACCACCCGCUACAACCGUCCUGCUUCCUGUUGUUGCCUCUGCAGUUUUUCAUAUUAACAAGUUUGACGUGACGAUAAUUAAUGUACGCAUACAUAGUGCGGAUGACAACAAAAUCAUCGAAGGUUUUUGUGAGGCCAAGAAUUCCAUCCUGUUAGGAGAUUUCACCCUCCUGGAGGAAUCAAACAAACUGGAUCAAGUAAUAAAUGAGGGAAGUACAGCAGUUCAUCCCGGUGGUACUGUUUAUAACGAUAAUAUUCUUUGGGGUAAGGAUGCUGAGAAACAAUUCAGUACUGGAAUAGCAGGUGUCAUCAGGUUAGGGUUGACACAUUUGGGAAUUCCUCAUGGGUGGCAUUGGGGUGGUCCUGUCUCCAGUCAUUGUCCGGUAUGGUGUCAAAUAUUUACGCAGUUCAGGGAAUCGUAAUUGACGUAUUAGAAUUUCGUAGUGAAUUUCACGAUGAAACUGAUCACCGUACUGUAAGUUUGUCGAAUAUUUAGGAUUAGUAUGUAUUACCGUCGUUUACGAUGAAAAAGCAAAAUGCGAUUUGGAAAUCCGGUUCUUUUUAUACUCGUUUUGCGUAUUAGCCGGUGUAUUAUUUUGGACGGUUACGUGCUUUCUGCAUUUUUUUUUCGUAACUGUCAAUAUUGAAUUACCAGUAAGUUAACAGUUCGACAUAUUGUUCUAUUUGUAUAUUUAUUUAGAACGGUUCUUCUUGUGUAUAUAUAUUUUUGUAUAUAUACGUCUGCCAGGCUACUCGUUUUUACCAAUGACCUCUUAUGUAAUAAACUUCCUUUCCUACUUUUAAUUUAAUAAAAUUACCCCAAGCAGGCUGCUGUAUAGAACGAGGAAGACUGACAAUUCCAUUGUAAUGUACGAAUAUUGCGAUGCUGGUUUGUCGCAUCACGCAUAUUAGAGAAAAUAACGGGAAAUAAUAAAAGACUAUUUCCAUAUAA